GUGAUAAUUAAAUUUAUUAGAACUUUUUCAGCUUCGGUAUAUAAGCUAUGGAAAGUGUACUCCAGGUUGAAUAUUGUUUUGUGCAAUGAAAGUGUUAAUAAUUCUAGUAUGCGGUCUGGCAGUUUCUUGCGGUUUUAAUUACAAUUGCCUGGGUGAAUAUUUCCACACGGUCUAUGAAGAAUGUUUAUUCGAACAUGGCGGCGACACGGCAUUCAUUGCCAAUUGGCAGGAAUUCAAACCAACCGAUAAUGAAAAUGAGAAAUGUUUUCGGGCCUGUACCAUGAGGAAGUGUGGAGUUCUCAAUAGAGAGGGUACGAUUAAUGACGAUGUUUCUGUGGGUCUGGCCCACAUCUUAAGUGGCGGUGAUGUGGACAAGGUUGCAGCCAUACAUCAGGCUGUUCAAGCCUGCAGAGGCCUAAUGCACUACGAGAAGAAUGUAUGUCACAACGGCGAAAAUUGGUCGAGAUGCGUUAUAGAACAUUGCAAGCAUUGCGGUUUGGUCCUCAACGUAUAAAAUUGUGUCAUUUUGAUGUUAAUAAUUACAAUAAAGAAGCCGAAUAUGUUACUUUAUUAUUUCAUUUAUUUAAAUAAAUAAUACAAAAUUUUUAUUA